AUGUCAAAAUCCGAUACGAUCCCGGCCGAUGCGCGGCGCUUCCUCGACGAGCGCGGCAGCAACGUCGGCCUCGCGCCCAACGGCCUGAACCCCGCCAACAUUAUGGAAAAGGCCGUCAAGGACCGCAUCACCGACAGCUACUUUUACAAGGAGCAGUGCUUCGCGCUCAACGAGGCCGACAUUGUCGACCGCGUGGUCGAGCACGUGCGCUUCAUCGGCGGCACGUCGGGCACCGCGCAGAAGCCGAGCCCGUUUCUGUGCCUCGCGUUCAAGCUGCUCGAGCUGUCGCCGUCCGACGCCGUGCUGGCCGAGUACCUCGCGUACGGCGGCGAGCACUUCAAGUACCUGCGCGCGCUCGCCUGCUUCUACCUGCGCCUCACGCGCCAGGCCAAGGACGUGUACGAGACGCUGGAGCCGUUUCUCGCGGACCGCCGCAAGCUGCGCCGCAAGGGCCGCGAGCGCACGACGCUGACGUACAUGGACGAGUUUGUGGAUGAUUUGCUCAGCAAGGACCGCGUGUGCGCGACGAGUCUGUGGAAGAUGCCGAAGCGCGAGAUUUUGGAGGACUUGGAGGUGCUGGAGCCGCGCGUCAGUCCCCUCGGCGACUUGGAAGACUUGCUCGAAGAGGAGGAUGAGGGGGCCGAGGACGAGGGCAGGACUUCAGAGAAUGACAGGAAUGGUCGCGAGGAAUCGGGUGAAAUAUCGGAUCGCGACGGCAUGGACAUUGACAGAGAGGACCGCAGAAGCGACAGCCGAAGCCCUUGA